UGUGGCAAUCGGAGGAUGAACAUAACCGGUCUGCUCAGCUCGUACUGCGAUCUGUCCGGCGAGCAGGAGAAUCAAAUAAACGAAUUUGUCGCACGCGCCCUGCUGCACAUUGUCCAUCAUCAUAUACUCAGCGUAACGCCCUCGCUGGUGCUCAUCCUGUGCUGCCGGAGCGAGCAUACGUGCAAUUUCUACAACGAAAUGAUGAGCACACUCUUCCGCAACUGGGGCCUUGCACCGCUGCAGAUUGUCAAGGUGGAGCAGGGUGUGCCCUGGCGUCCGGUGGCGGGACGCAGGCACUUCAAUGUGAUAUUUACGGACUCAUUUGCGGCCUUCUCCGAGAUACGAAUGGAGUACUAUGCGCGGGAGUACAACUACAAUGAGCAUUACUUCAUUUUCCUGCAGGCACGUGACCAUCUGCUGCAGAAGGAGAUGCGACAGAUCUUCGAGUAUUGCUGGCGCUAUCAUCUCAUCCACUGUAGCGUCCAGGUGCAAAAGUCCAACGGGGAUGUGCUCAUCUACAGCUAUUAUCCGUUCAGUGAGCGCAGCUGUGCGGACAUGUCGCCGCGUCUCAUCAAUCGCUACAAUGGCAGCACACUGCUCGAGCCGGAGAUCUUUCCCCGCAAGCUGCGAAAUCUCUUUGGCUGCCCCCUGCGCUGUGCCCUGUGGAAUGUGCCGCCAUUUGUGGAGAUUCGCUCCGAGAGCAGCGUCAGCGGUGGCUACGAGGGUCGCCUGCUACUCACCCUCGCCGAGAGAAUGAAUUUCUCCAUUGCCGUGCGUCAGCUUCAGGGCAAGAACGUUCGCGACGAAGCCCUCGAGUUGCUGCGACGCCACGAGGCCGAUCUCACGCUGGGCGGCAUACGGCAGACGGUGGACCGCAGCUUGAUGGCCACCUCCACGCACAAUUACUAUCAGACACGCGAGGUUUUUGGCAUCCUGGACUCCAGCUUUGAGCUGAGCUCGCUGGACAUUCUCUUCUAUCCGUAUCGCCUGCAGAUUUGGCUGGCCAUUGCCGGUGUGCUGGCUCUGUCGGCGCUGCUGCAGCUGGCCAUUGAGCGACUGCUGCGCGAGACGCGGCCCGAGUCGAGGCUCUGGUUGAAUCUGGAGCUGAUAUUUGUGGGCAUGCCGCUGCUGGUGGCGCCACGCUCGCACACCGGACGCCUCUACUGCCUGCUGCUGAUGCUCUACACGCUCAUCAUUCGCACGGUGUACCAGGGACUGCUCUACCAUCUAAUUCGCACCCACCAGCUGAACAGAUGGCCGCAGUCCAUCGAUGCGCUGGUGCAGCAGAACUACACGGUGGUCGUCACGCCCGUGGUGCACGAGGUUCUCUCCGAGAUACCCAGUGUGCAGCACAUGACCUUCCGCAUACUCACCGACGUCGAGGAGGGUGCGGCCCUCGAGUAUCUCGUAGCCAAUCCGGAGAAGAGCCGCCAUGUCUCUGCCUCUGCGCUGGACAUGUACAUCCACUUCAAUCGCCUGAGUGCGGAGCGUGCACAGCGGUUGGGCCAGCACACGGGCCAGCCCGUGGAGGCGGAUCACUUUGAGAUCAUUGCCGAGGACAUUGUGAGCAUGCAGAUGACAAUGUACCUCAGCAAGCACUCCUUCCUCAUCGAUCACCUCAACGAUGAGAUUAUGUGGAUGCGCUCCGUCGGUCUCAUCUCCAUUUGGGCACGCUGGGAGCUUUUCGAGAGCUAUCUGCGCAACGAGCAGGCCUUCAAGCAGCUCGGUCUGGUCGAACUCUAUGCAAUGUUUCUGCUCGUGAUGCUCGGUCAUCUGCUGAGUUUGUUCAUCUUCCUGCUGGAGCUGCUGUCCCAACGUUUGGUGCAACUGCAACGUCUGUUCUUGUAGGAGUCUCUACACCCCCAACCCAACCCGCUGCGGUGCCCGACGAUUUGUAAACCUCUUACGGGCCGACACAUGCCGUUUGCAUGUCGCCUGACACUGACUGCUCGGGGAGGGUGUCGGUGUGGGAGGGGCUGGGCCACAACAAAACCUUCGCCCUCUGCUGUCUGACGCAUGGCACAACCUGUACGUGUGUCCGUGUGUGUCGCGCGUUGAUGGUGUUAAUUAAUGGUUAUGCGCCUCUUGCAUAAUACUGACACCGAAACCUGUCACGCACAUGCCCCAUAGCCAUGGUGGGGUUGUGCUUGUGGACCCACCCCACCCAUGUGUACGCGCAGCAAUUAGUUUAAGUGAUGAACACAGAUUUGUUAAUGCAUUUCAGGUCACAGUCACGGCUUCUAUGGCUUAUCAAUC